ACGGGCGGCGCUGCAUGCUGCCAGCUGACCGGGGCAGAGGGACCUGGAGCUGCUAAUGUUAGCUAGCCUGCAUAGCUUAGCCUCGGACUGAGUGCAGAAGCUACGCAUUAACCAACUCGCCAAGUUAGACAGAAGAGGGAUGCCGUGCCUGUCCACAUCCCAGAAGAGCCGGGUUUACCAGGGAGUCCGCUGACACAGGAGAGGUUUGCACUUUAAGCCCCGCUACAAGCCAAGAUGUCUCACCGAGGGCCGCUGACCGCUGUCAUAACAACGGUGCUCGGGGCGACCUUAGGAGGCCUGCUGCUGUGGCGAGCCUACCGCACGCAGAGGAAGAGGCUGCCCUCCGUUCAGAAGGUAGCCGACCCCGUGGAGGCGCCACCUCCUGUGGAUAAGGACUUCACCACUGUCAAGUAUCAACACGCACCGCCACCGCCACUGCCGCCACCGCCGCACGUUGUGGAGAAUGAAGUCAAGGCUGCGGCGAGUCAGACCGCACAAGCACCCCCUUCUGUGCAGCUGCCCUCGACCGAGCGGCUGUUGGAGGUGCAGCCGGUGAUGGUCAGCUCGGAGGAGGAGUGGCAGCAGCUGUGGCCGUCGCUGCAGAAGGAGCUGUCAGUCUUCCCUGUGCUGGGGCUCGACUGUGAAUGGGUAAAGAACAAGGGCGUGUCGGUGAAGGGCCGAGCCUCCGUCGUCUCCCUGCUGCAGAUGGCGUCUUACUCAGGCCUGUGCGUCCUGGUGAGGCUGCUGCCCUUCCGCAGCGGACAGGAGUCCUUUCCCCACAGUUUAAUUGAAGUUCUCCGCAACCCACACAUUCUGAAAGUUGGCGUCGGCUGCUAUGAAGACGGCAAACGUCUGACUCGGGACUACGGCCUGACGCUGGGAUGCACAGUCGACCUGCGCUACCUGGCCUUAAGGCAGAGGCACGUUACAGUGAAUAAUGGCCUCAGUCUGAAGUCUCUGGCAGCAGAUCUGCUGAAUAUAUCUCUGGACAAAUCCCUGGAGCUGCGCUGCAGUGACUGGGAGGCUGAUCAACUGACGCUGGAGCAGAUGACCUACGCUGCCAGAGACGCCCAGGUUUCCAUUGCUCUGUUCUUCUAUCUCCUGGGCCUCGGCUCGGAAACCAGACCCGUCUUCCCCAGCGAGGCGACCUACUCCGAUUUGGCUGCCCGCUGCCAGGGCCUGGUGGACGUGCCUUUCAGGGGCCGGGCCGGAGGCGACGGAGACGACAAGGACGGAGAGAGGAGACGACGAACUGCCAGGAAGCAGCCCGCUUUUGAAAGCCCGGAGUCUGGAGAUCAACAAGUCCCAGACCCUCGGAAGAACAACAAGAGAAAACCACUGGGUGUGGGCUACUCUGCAAGGAAAUCUCCCCUCUAUGACAACUGCUUCCUGCACGCACCAGAUGGCCAGCCUUUGUGUACCUGUGACAAGAAGAAAGCCAAAUGGUACCUCGACAAAGGAAUAGGAGAGCUCGAGAGCGAGGACCCUUUUAUUGUGAGGCUGCUGUUUGAGCCGUCGGGACGUCCCGACUCCCAGCAGGACUACUAUCUCACAGCCAAGGAGAACCUCUGCGUGGUCUGCGGCAAAGCAGAUUCCUACAUUAGGAAGAACAUCGUCCCACAUGAGUACAGACGACAUUUUCCCACAGAGAUGAAGGACCACAACUCCCACGACAUCCUGCUCCUCUGCACCUCCUGCCACGCCGUCUCCAACGUGCACGACGGCUUCCUGAAGCAGCAGCUGGCCGACGAGUUCGCCGCGCCGCAGGGGUGCGAGGAGGGGGUGCGCCUGUUGGAGGACUCGGACCGGCGGCGGGUUCGCUCCGCGGCCCGGGCUCUCCUCACCGCCGGGGACGGACUCCCGGAGCAGCGGCGAGAGGAGCUGCAGGCCUUCAUCAAGAGCUUCCUCAGCGUGAACGAGGAGGAGGAGCUGACGGAGGAGGCUCUGCAGCGAGCGGCCAGUCUGGAGACGAGGAUACUGAACGAGGCCUACAUUCCCCAUGGGCUGAAGGUGGUGCGCGCCCACGCUCAGCUCGGCCUGCGGGGUCUGAUGGACCUGGAGCGCCGCUGGAGGCAGCACUUCCUCACCGCCAUGCAGCCGCGCCACCUGCCUCCUCUCUGGUCCGUCGACCACAACCACAGCAAGUUCCUCCGCAAGUACGGAGAGGACCUUCCCAUCCAGCUCAACUGAACCACGUGCAGGAGACUGAACUUUUCUCAGCCACCGGUCAGCGUGCCCAACGGAGAAUCAAACUUCCGCAGCCACUUUGAGCCAUUUUACAAGCCAGAUCGCUUUUUUUUAGACAAGGAGAGACGGUGGUUUACCUGUGUGGUUGAGUGUACAAUCUUACCAGCGACAACUGAAGUAUACCAGCAUGUGGCUGGUGCCAAGUUCCCCACCCUGGUGAUGGGAUGUAUGAAUGUGUGUUAAUCAAUGUGUGUGUGUGUGUGAGUGUGUGGACAAACUGGAUCUGAGGUGGCUGAAGGAUGGCAUUUCACUCUGAUCCUGUGGUGCCAAGUACCUGAGUGCCAGUGAGACGCUGCUAGUCUGCCGCCCAGACCCUGACUGAACUAAAUGAACUGGACCAGACACUGGCUCUAGUCCCAGAACGGUCUGCCUGUGAAGAAGAAAGCCAGCACUGACUCCGAAGAACACUAACUCCACGACGUCAUGAUGGAACACAUGAUCGCGUAUGGACACUUGUAUGGUUGUUUUUUUUAAAUGGGGAAAAAUACAGUUAUUUAUAAAAACAUGUAAAAGACAUUGAAAAUUAAUUCAAGAAAUGAUUAUUUUAGAAUAAGCUAUAACCUGCUCUUAAUUUCCCCCUAAAUCUGCCCCUUUCCCCUCCCUGCAGGUUAGCAGCUCCUAUUACCUGUGUUAGUCUGUGUAACUGUUUGCUUUGCAUAGAGAGGGUCAUUUUUACUCGACCUAAUGCUUAAAUUAUAUUUGGAGCCCCCCCCUCUCCCCCCCACCGCUUCAGUUUCAGUCUGUUGUCUGUCUUCAGGCAACAGAUAAGGAUGGGUUUCCCAGAGGCGUCUUGAAAUGCAGGUUCAUCCCUUACAAUGAUGAACGCGGGCUUGAGAUGUUUUUGGGACCGGUGUGAAUUCAUCCCAGAUGUUGACCAUCCAUUCUCAGGGUUUUUUUUUUCUUUUUUUUUUUUUUUUUUUUGGGUUAUUGGAGGGGGAGGAAAACGCUCAGCAGAGAAAAGUUGGCUCACUGACCGGAUCCCUCAUGUUCACACGUCCUGUUCCUGCUCCUCCAGAUAGUUGGGACACCUCCAUGGCUCAUGUUUUAAUGUGCCUCGUAACCCCACCCCCAACUCGCCUGGAGACGAGUCACGGCAGCAGGACACGGUCUCGUUCCAACAUCGCCACUUUACCCACAGUGCACGAGUGGAAAACACGCCAACCUCGAUGUAUUCGUUUCCUUCGAGUGAUGAGCCAGACUGACUAUGAAUAUGGCCUUAAAAACCCCAAAACCCGCCCCUUUUUGCAAGGCAUAGAUUUUUCUCCUUAGAGCGCAGUGAAUGCAUAUUUAUAUCAAACUUUAAAUUAUGAAACCAGAUGCUUUGUCUUUUAUUUGCAUUUUCCCACAAGCGCUUGUUUCCCUAAAUUGUAUGUGAUUAAAAAAAAAAAAAACAAAAAACAAAAACCAAAAGAAAUUAAAUAAAAAUUCAUGUUUGUA